AGCAGCGCAUCGGACGAUACAGACAAUCAGCGCGUCAUUCUCCAGAUUACGGACAUUAAUGAUGAGCCUCCAUACUUCAUCAAUCGUCCCCUUCCGAUGCAGGCAGUUGUCAAACUCAAUGCUGCUCCAAACACACCAGUCUUCACGCUACAGGCUCGGGACCCUGACAAGGAUCAUGACAUUCAUUAUUUCCUUGUCAGAGAUCGAACUGGAGGAAGGUUUGAAGUAGAUGAAAAGUCUGGCGUGGUGCGAACUCGUGGAUCUGAGAUGUUCCAGCUGGACAUGGAGUAUGUUCUGUAUGUGAAGGCUGAAGAUCAGAAUGGAAGGAUUGAUGACAAGCACUUCCAAGCCACACCUGAGGAACGCCUUUCCAUUGUUGGUGGUAAGAGGCCACCACAGUUUUAUCUGCCAAAGUAUGAGAAGACCAUCCUUGAAAAUGCUCCUAAGGAUUCAGACAUCAUAUCAGUAAAAGCAAAAUCCUUUGCUGAUCGUGAGAUCCGAUACACCUUGAAGGCCAAGGGUCAGGGAGCUGGAACAUUCAACAUUGGUCCUACAUCUGGCAUUGUUAAGUUGGCUAAAGAGCUUGAUUUUGAAGAUGUCCGUCAACCUCACAUCUACCAGCUGGUUAUCACCGCAACCGAAGACUCUGGUGGAUUCUCCACAUCUGUUGAUCUGACCAUCAAGGUGACAGAUGUGAACGACAACCCACCUAAGUUUGAUCUUCCAGAUUACCAGGCACAUAACAUUGAUGAAGACAUACCCAUCGGUUCUUCCAUACUCAAGGUCAAGGCACGAGAUGAUGACUCUGGAACAAAUGCAGAGAUUGUGUAUAGUGUGUCCGACGAUCACUUCCGAGUGGACAACAAAGGCGUAAUAUAUAAUCGAAGGACUCUCGAUGCUGAUGACAACAAUGCCUACUAUGAGUUUGUUGUCACUGCUACAGACAGAGGUGAACCUGCCAAGGCAGGAACUGCUACAGUGCGUAUCUAUACCAAGAAUAAGAACGAUGAAGAACCAAAAUUUUCACAGCAAGUAUACACUCCAAAUGUGGAUGAAAAUGCAGGACCAAACACACUUGUAACAACUGUUGUGGCUUCAGAUAAAGACGGAGACAAUGUUGACUUCGGUUUUGUUGGUGCUAAUCGUAAUUCUGGUCAGUUUGUCAUUGAAAAAAUGACUGGUGUCAUCCGAUUGCACAAUGGCCCAAUUUCCCUCGACCGAGACAAAUACGAAUUGAAUGUUACUGCUGUCGACGAUGGAAACUGUUGUCCAGGUGGCCAACAAACCCGCCAUACAUCCACUGCUGUUGUCGUUGUCUUCAUCACAGAUGUGAAUGACAACAAGCCAGUGUUCAAGGACUGUGCUUCAUACCAUGCCAAGGUUGAAGAGUCUGCCCCCAAUGGUUCUCCAGUAAUAACUGUACAUGCUACAGAUGAAGAUAAGGGUGUCAAUGGACAGGUUCGGUACAGUAUUGUGCAGCAACCAAAUCAAAAGGGAACAAAAUUCACUGUUGACACAGAAACAGGUGAAGUAACCACCAACAAAGUGUUCGAUCGUGAAGGUGAAGACGGCAAGUUUGUGUCUGUUACAGUAAAAGCAACAGACAAUGGAGACCCAUCAUUAGAGGGUGUUUGUUCAUUCACUGUAGAAAUUACAGAUAUUAAUGACAACCCUCCAUUAUUUGAUCGUCAAAAAUAUGUUGAGAAUGUCAAGCAGGACACAAAUGUGGGAACAAACAUCCUCCGUGUUUCGGCUUCUGAUGAGGAUGCUGACAACAACGGUGCCAUCAUUUACAAUCUAACAAUGGCUACAAACCCCGAUGACCUGUCCUACUUUGAGAUCCAACCAGAAUCAGGCUGGAUUGUUCUCAAGAAGCCUCUGGACCGCGAGGAAUACGAAGUGGUUGUAUUGGCCACGGACCUGGGACACCCUCCCCUCACCUCGGAGGUACUAGUACGUCUCAGUAUUGUGGACCGAGCCAACCGCCCUCCGGUGUGGGAUCAACGAGUCUAUGAUCCCAUCACCAUCCCAGAGAAUAGUAGUGUUGGACAAACCGUCUACUCCAUCAAGGCCAGCUCUGGUAUAGAGGACAACCCUGUGGUUUUCUAUCGUAUCAUCCGAGGAUCAACAGCCCAAACGAACAAGCACGAUACCUUCUAUUUACAACAACGUCCAGACAACGGUGACACCUGGGCAGAUAUCAAAGUUAAUCAUCCCUUAGACUACGAGAGUAUAAAGGAAUACAAUUUAACUGUGCGAGUAGAGAACAAUGGGCCACAACAACUAGCCUCAGAAGCUACCAUCUAUGUUGUGCUAGAGGACGUGAACGACGAGAUUCCUUUGUUCACUGAACGAGAACAGGAGACUGUACUUGAAGGAGAGCCGAUCGGUACCAAGGUCACUCAGGUUAAUGCUAUCGACAAGGAUGGAACUUAUCCCAACAAUGAGGUUCUCUACCGCAUUGUUGAUAGUCCUCGAAAUGAAGGGCGAGACUUCUUCGAAAUCAGGGAACGAACUGGAGAGAUUUUCACUCGGGUAGAGUUUGAUCGUGAAGAGAAACAAGCUUAUGCCCUUGAAGUGGAAGCUCGAGACGGUGCUGCAUCGGCUCGACCAAACGCAAAUGGACGCCCCAAUACAGUGACGAAGUUUAUCCGUAUUGGAAUUGCCGACAAGAACGACAACCCACCGUUCUUCGACAAGACGCUGUACGAGGCCGAGGUGGACGAAAACGAGGACAUUCAGCACACCGUCCUCACCGUCACCGCCAAGGAUCUCGACGAAUCCUCACGUAUAAGAUAUGAAAUCACCAAUGGUAAUAUUGGAGGAGCUUUUGCUGUGAAGAACAUGACUGGAGCCAUAUACGUGGCAGGACCUCUGGAUUAUGAAACAAGAAAGCGGUAUGAGCUCAAACUGGUGGCUUCAGACAAUCGUAAUGAGAACCACACCACAGUUGUCAUUCACGUCAAAGAUGUGAAUGACAAUCCACCCAUGUUUGACCGUCCACUGUAUGAGACGCAGAUCACCGAGGAAGAUGACCGCAGCCUGCCUAAAAAUAUCCUCACGGUAACUGCAGCUGAUGGUGAUCGUGACCGAGUGCAGGACAUUGUGUAUUUCCUCACCGGCCAGGGUAUUUAUGUAGACAACCCAGACCAGUCUCAGUUUGAAGUCAAUCGCACCUCAGGAGAGAUCUUUGUCAAGAAGCCUCUUGAUCGUGACCAUCCUAAAGGCAGGCCUACUUGGAGGUUCACAGUGUUUGCCCAGGAUGAAGGUGGCACAGGUCUGGUGGGUUAUGCUGAUGUCCAGGUCAACCUGAAGGACAUCAAUGACAAUGCUCCAGUGUUCCCACAGAUGGUGUAUUUUGGCAAUGUGACAGAAAAUGGCACACAAGGUAUGGUUGUUAUGACCAUGACAGCAGAGGAUUAUGAUGAUCCCAAUGAAGGUACUAAUGCAAAGCUUACAUACUCCAUUGAGAAGAACGUCAUUGAUGAGAACACAGCAAUGCCCAUUUUCGAAAUUGAGCCAGAUACUGGAGUGAUUAAGACAGCCGUGUGCUGCCUUGACAGAGAAAAGACCCCAGAUUAUUCCAUUCAAGUGGUUGCAGUGGAUGGAGGAGGUCUAAAAGGAACUGGUACUGCAAGCAUAAGAGUCAGAGACAUUAACGAUAUGCCACCCAGGUUCACUAAAGAAGAAUGGGUAACAGAAGUAGAUGAAACAGAAGGGGCCCUUCUCCCUGAUCAAGCCAUCUUGACAGUAACAGUUCAUGAUGAAGAUGAAACGAAUAAGUUCCACUACAAAGUGAUUGAGUCAUCAGGAUUUGGUGCCGAUAAGUUCACUAUGGUUAGAAACAAUGAUGGCACAGGUUCCCUCAAGAUUGUACAGCCACUUGACUAUGAAGAUCCUAUGCAGCGCAGUGGGUUUAGAUUCAAGAUCCAAGUAAAUGACAAGGGAGAAGACAAUGAUGCAGAGAAAUAUCAUGUAGCAUAUUCAUGGGUUAAAGUAGAAUUGCGAGACAUCAACGACAACAAACCACAAUUUGAAAAACCAAACAUUGAGGCACCAGUCUUUGAAAAUGCAGAGAUAGGAAAGAAUCUAAAGACCUUUAAGGCUACAGAUCCAGACCAAGGUGGGCAGAGCAAGGUCUCCUAUGCUAUAGAUCGAGCAUCAGAUCGGAGGAGACAGUUUGCCAUAGAUAGCUCUGGAACUGUCAAAAUUCAGAGAAUGCUCGACAGAGAAGAGAAUCCACGACAUUCUGUUAAGAUCCUGGCCAUUGAUGAUGGUACUCCAGCAAAAACAGCUACUGCUACACUUACAGUUAUAGUCCAAGACAUUAACGACAAUGCCCCUAGAUUCCUCAAAGAUUACCGUCCAGUCUUACCUGAGAAUCAGUCUCCAAGAAAAAUAGUGGAAGUUUUGGCAACUGAUGAUGAUGACAGAUCUAAAGGUAAUGGACCUCCUUUCCAUUUCCGUAUGGAUUCCACAGCAUCAGAUGAAAUUCGUGCAUCCUUCAAGGUGGAGCAUAUUCCUAAAGGAGCUAAUGGUGAUGGCAUGGCAGUAAUAUCUUCAUUAAGAACAUUUGAUCGUGAGGUUCAGAAAGAAUACCAUGUACCUAUUGUCAUCAAAGAUGCUGGUACACCUCAAAUGACUGGCACCUCAACAUUGACCAUCAUAAUUGGAGAUGAAAAUGACAACAAAAUGCAGCCUGGUGCAAAAGACAUUUUUGUCUAUAACUACAAGGGACAGGCUCCAGAGACACGCAUUGGUCGAGUCUAUGUUUAUGACCUUGAUGAUUGGGAUUUACCUGACAAGAAGUUCAAAUGGGCAGCAGAUUCACAUCCCAAUUUCAAGCUAAAUGAAGGUGAUGGUAUGAUCACAAUGAAGCAACAUACCCAGGAAGGAACGUACUUCCUCCAGUUCCAUGUUUAUGAUCGAAAACACACGCAGACAGAUGUUGAGGCCAAUGUAACUGUAACAGUUAAGGAAAUUCCUGAAGUAGCAGUCGUCAAUUCAGGGUCUAUCCGUAUUGCCAACAUGACAGAUGAGGACUUCAUCAGGAUAUGGGAUUACAGGAGUCAGCGUGUGGUUCGUAGUAAAGCAGACAUGUUCCGAGAGAAAAUAGCAAGACUUGUAGGAACAAACAUUGAAAAUGUUGAUGUAUUUAGUAUACAGUUGAGACAAGAAAGACCACCAAUCACAGAUAUCCGCUUCUCAGCCCAUGGGUCACCUUACUACCAUCCAAUAAAAUUGAAUGGCCUUGUCCUGCAACACAGAGCAGAGAUUGAAAGUGAAAUUGGUAUCAAUAUCACUAUGGUUGGUAUUGAUGAAUGUCUCUAUGAAAAUGUUGCUUGUGAAGGAUCUUGUACAAACCACCUAGUUAUAUCAAAUUUGCCAUACAUGGUGAAUGCAAACAAAACAUCAUUAGUAGGUGUAAGAACAGAAGUGAUACCUGAAUGCACUUGUGGAGCUCGUAACUUCUCUGCAGAAGAAUCCUGCCGUCCAAACCCUUGUUAUAACGGUGGCCGAUGUAUCGAAGGGAAAUCAGGAAUUCGUUGCAGAUGUCCAGAGGGGUACGAUGGCCCCCGUUGCCAGAUGUUGAGACGUACUUUCCGAGGUAAUGGCUUUGCCUGGUUCCCAGCCCUAGCCAUGUGCGAUAACUCACACAUCAGUCUGGAAUUCCUUACAAGACGAGCAGAUGGUCUUCUCUUCUACAAUGGACCCAUCACACCUCCAGAAACAGAUGAAAUCAUUGUGUCCGACUUCAUUGCUCUUGAACUAGAAAACGGUCGACCAAGAUUGUUGAUAGAUUUUGGUUCUGGUACCUUGCAGCUCAAAGUCAACACCAAAAACCAGCUUAAUGAUGGAAGCUGGCAUAAAAUUGACAUAUUCUGGGACACAGAGACUGUGAGAAUGGAUGUAGAUCAUUGUGUAGCAGCAGAAGUUCAAGAACCUGAAGAUGGUAGUGACCCCAUCUUUGACCCCUCAGGCUGUCAGUCCAAGGGCACCAUUCCUCCAUUCAAUGAAUACCUGAAUGUUAAUGCCCCACUUCAGGUUGGUGGCUUGGCACAUGAGCAGCCAGAUCCCAGCUUGUACAAGUGGCAACAUGUACCACAUGGCCGACCCUUCAGUGGGUGCAUCAAGAACCUCAUGGUCAAUAGUGAACUGUAUGAUCUUGCCCGUCCAGGCCUGUACCGUCAUACUCAGAUGGGUUGCCCACAACUGGAGGAGGCCUGUAGAACUAAUGCUAUUGUGCCAACUUGCGGACCAAAUGGUGUGUGCUCAGGAUCACUGUCUCAACCAGUGUGCAAGUGCAAACCAGGCUGGACAGGUCCAACUUGCGAUGAACCCACAAAUUCCUCCUACUUUGAGACACAAUCCUAUGUAAAAUAUGCACUAUCAUUCAAGCCUAACUCCUUCAGCACAGAAAUCCAACUCAGAUUCCGUACUUGGCAGGAAUAUGGUGAACUGUUCAGAAUUUCAGAUCAGCAUAAUAGAGAAUACGGCAUCUUGGAGAUCAAAGAUGGAAGGUUACGUUUCCGCUACAACCUGAACAGUUUACGGACAGAAGAACAUGAUUUAUGGCUGUCUGCAGUGGCUGUUAAUGAUGGCAUCUGGCAUUCUGUAACAGUGGAGAGACACGGCUCUACUUCAACUCUGAGGAUGGAUGGUGGUGAAGGGCGACGCUACAAUGAAACAAUGGCAUUCUCAGGCCAUAUGUUGAUGGAUGUUGACAAGCAGGAGGGUGUAUAUGCAGGAGGAAAGGCAGAAUACACAGGCAUUAGAACCUUUGAAGUAUACAAUGAUUACAAAUUGGGUUGCUUGGAUGACAUCAGACUUGAGGGCAAGCAUCUUCCCCUUCCUCCAGGCCUCAAUGGCACCCAGUGGGGUCAAGCCACAAUGUUCCGUAACUUGGUCAAGAACUGCAUUUCUCAAAACCAGUGUAUCAAUGUCACCUGUCUGGCACCAUUCACAUGCAAGGACUUGUGGAUGAAACAUGAGUGCGGCUGUGAGGAUGGCACCGUACUCUCUAGCGACAAGCAAGAAUGUGUUGACCAAAAUGAGUGUUUGAAUGACCCUUGUCAGAAUGGAGGAACAUGUCAUAACCAAGAACCUUCAUACAUUUGUGACUGCCCUCGAGGGUAUUAUGGCAAAAACUGUGAACUACUACAGGAGGGCAGGACAGUUCGCUUGAGUCUUGGCGCUUUAGCUGCCAUACUAGUUUGUCUUCUUAUUAUUUUAGUUUUGGUGCUAGUGUUUGUGGUUUACAACCGGCAAAAGGAGCGUCACUUCCCUAAGGCUGAUCCCUAUGAUGAUGUGCGUGAGAACAUCAUCAAUUAUGACGAUGAAGGAGGCGGAGAGGAUGACAUGACAGCCUUCGAUAUCACCCCACUGCAGAUCCCAGUAGGGCCAGCCAUUGGCAAUGGGGGACCUCUUCUGGGAAAAAUGCCAUAUGGUCCUGGUGGACAGCCUGAUGUUGGGGUGUUCAUUAGUGAACACAAGAAUAAGGCUGAUAAUGAUCCCAAUGCACCACCAUUUGAUGAUCUACGUAAUUAUGCUUAUGAAGGAGGUGGUUCAACUGCAGGUUCUCUCUCAUCUCUGGCCUCAGGCACUGAUGACAACGAACAAGAUUUUGACUACCUGAACAACUGGGGUCCACGCUUUAGUAAGCUGGCUGACAUGUAUGGUCACGGAGAGUCUGAAGAAGAGGAGGACCAUUAAGUGGUGAAGUUGUAGCCUCACUAUGUUACUCAUCUCAUUGCUGAAGCAUCUUCCUCAACACCAUCGUGAAGCACUGUUAAAGUUCUUAACCUGGGAAAACUCAGGGCAUCGGCUGGGGGGGAGGGGUCCGUCCCUCUUUUGCAAGAACGAUUGGCCCAUGUGGAGAGAUAACUUGUUUUAAUAUUGCCCUUUGUCAUAUACAUGUUGCCUUAAAUAGAUCAUUAAAUCAGCAAUAUCUACAUGAUUAAGAAGACAUGAAUCACAUCAGUAUGUCAGUGAAUGAAAGCUUUACUGGUGCUAUAUUUAAAAUUAAAUCAGAUGCUCGUUUAGGUCUGACUUGCCAAAAAAAAAAAGUAAUGAAUAAAUAAAUAAAUAAUAUUAAACAAUAUUUAAUGACUAGUUUCCUGUAUAGCAUAACUUUGAGAGUAAGUUGAGGGAUGUGGUAUAGUUCAUUUAUAGAGGAUAAAUACAGUAUUAGAUACUCAUGGAGUCCCUUGUAUGUAAUAUAUAGCUUAUUCCCUGCUGUCCUUAUAUGUGGUAGUAGGAAGUGUAUCCUCCACUUGGCCUGACUGAGGGCGGCUGCAGACCAAACGUGGCCGUCCCGGAGGCUUAAAGCAGGUCCACCCCAGAAAGAGACUGGUCCUCCCUCCUUAGGUCAUGUAAUGCACAUGACACCCCCCCACAGUGCCAAGACUUUACAAUGAGGUGAUGGAAGAUGCCAGUGUUCAGUGUAGAGUUAAAGCUCCCUCUACAAUCAUUUGUAGUGAUAAAAAGUCCUAUCUUGUAAAGAAUGUAAGGACAGCCACCCAAGGCCGAGGCAGUGCAUCAUUGUCAUUUGUGAUUGGUGGGAGAAGAACUAACAUUCCAUAAAAGACAGUUGUGUGAUAGUAUGGGAUGAAAGGUGAAGAGUCUUGGAUUGAGUAUUUACAUGUUUUUGUUAUGACCCAUGUUACGUGCCAAGUACCCCAGGCAAAUCUGUUUUGAUUUGUGCAUUAUUGACUUUUAAAAAAGUGCAUUUUUGUGCUAUACCUAUUGAUUUUAUUUGUUUGUCCUCAUUCACUACAACUGUGAAGCAUAUCAAGACUACAAGGGUUUAAUGUAUUGCACCACAGACUCUGAGGACAGCAUUUAUUGGUUCUCAUGUGAUGAGUUAUAUACUCUUAUAUGUGUGUAGGGGAGCGUGGGCCAUUCAUAGCCUCCCCCUGUAUACUACUCUCACCCUUAGUUUAUACCAGGUCAGUACUGCAACUCCGUGCAUUCUGCAGGCUCCACCAAGGCCUGUACACUCACAAAUGAAUCUCAGGCAGUACUGAAAUAUCCUGUGUGAGGAAUGUGUUUGAAUGUAUGUAAAGUUUUUGUACAUGUGUAGAUAUUUAAGGAGGAGAUAGAUGUCUCAAAGAAUGAAAUAGUUCUUUUUCAAUAUUUGCUCAUCUGUAUGAAAGCUAGACAGCAAGAUCAGGUAGACAUGUGACGACAGCUUCAUUACUGUAGGCAUUCACUGAUUAGUAAGUUUGUUACUGAACUGUAGUCUUCUCUUGGUGUCUUGCUGUGCAAGUUUUUGAAAGAAGUGACAAUUGAUUUUUUCUCAAGUGCUGAUGUUUGUAGACUGGGUCAGUCUCUGGUGAAGAGGCCAGGGCUUUUCCUCCUGCAUAACAAAAUAUCCUUUUUAUAAAAUCUGAUUUUCAUCAUAACAUUUGUGCUGCAAAGGAAGCAAUAAAAGCUUGCUUGUUUCAUAUUUCAUUUUCAGCUGCUUUGAUCUGAUUUCAUUAAUAUAGAAAUAAAAGCUCCUGAGGUGAUGUUUCAUCACUUCUAAUCAAAUAUUUCCUAUGUCGUGCAGGCAUUCUCUUGGUUAGACCUGUGCCUUUUCACCCAAGGUGACCCUCCCCCACAAAAUCCCUCAAGUCAGUUACCCUCCCAUUCCUGCCCCCAACACCCUCCAACCCAUUCCAGCCCUGGCGCAAUACAGGCUGUUUCAGCUCACCGCCCACCUUCCCACCCAUAGGUCUCGCCUGUGGUGAUGCCCCCUCCCCUCAGAGAAGGAACUGUUUUUCGUUCCACAAGUUUAUUCCUCAAUAUGUGUUGACAGAUUGUCUUUGGAUCCACAAAAUCAUAGACUGAGUAAAGCAUUAUAAUAUUAGAUAAAGAAUAUAUCAAGAGUGAGAACUCUUCAUCACCACACAACAUAACCUCAACAGCACUGCCAUAUUUGGUGGGAGCAGGCUGGGUUGUUUAGUCAUUGGCUUCUUAUAAUAUGAUUAAUUAUUAUCAUUAUUUUAUUAUUAUUAUCAUCAUCAUCGUAGUGUUAGAGCUAUUGUGCACAAGUUGGUCAUAAAGAGAACGGAGCUGGUCUCGGGCAUAUUUCAGUGGCUCCUCUCUAGGUUCUUGGACCAAUUGUAUAAAUUAUUAUCAUGUAUCUUGAAUAGGAGAAGUUGACACUUGAGUUUUCUUGUGCAGAGUCAUCCCUCAUCCCUCACAUAUGCACCAACUUGACCCAGCUCCAGACUCCCCACACUUAUUGUUUCCUUCCUCUGAUUAUGACUCGGUCAAGGCGACCCAUUUUGCAAAUUGGACUCUGCACAAGACAACAGGCUUCCCCCUGAAGUUAACCGAGCCCAGCCAACUUGUUUUUAUAGCAUUCCAUAUACCAGAAGAUGUAUGUAUGAAUGCAUUAUUCAUUUUCACAUUUUGUAUCAAACAAAGAAUUAACAUCUUGCUAGAAUUCUAGGAAUGUAUAAACUGGGUUUCUCUGAUCUGCUGCAAAUGAUUGAUUGUGGCAUGACUCCAAGUUUUCCCAGAGAUCUUUGUCAGUGAGGCUUCAUUUAUAGAACAUCAUUGACAACAUAUCAAAUGCACAUGAUCAAUGAUUCCCCCAUCAUUCACUCCAUUGGCUGAAUCAUUUGUUCCUGUCUUUGUCUUUUUUAUAUUGCUCUUCAUGCCCUGUACCAAGAGUUCUGGUUUAUCCCAGGGCCAGAGUGUCAUGUGAAAUAUUAGUAAAUGUCAUUUUUCAACUAUAUACUCAUCAAAUGUCACAAACCUGAGAUUUUCUCAUUAUGUUUUAUCUUAGUCUGUUGACUUUUUAAACUUUGGCCCAGGGAACCAUGAAAGGUCAUUGAGUAGAAUAAUAUUUCCUAAAAAAAAGAGAAAGUUUUGUACCCUUCUUCAUGCUGAGUUAAAGUUAUCCAGCAGAGAUGUCCCAGAAAGGGCAAGAAGCCAUAGCAACUAAGCUUUUGUUUGAUGUUUUUAAGCUGUGAUUUUACUGUGUCUGCAUUGUCAUCUGAAAUAGAUUAAAGCCUUUGUGUAAAUAUCUGUAUAUCUCUAUAUCCUAAUCCUUCAUAAGGCAUACACCAAAGAACAUUAUGUUAAAUUACCCUGAUAUUUACAACUUUAAAGAUAACACUACCAUUAUGGAAAGCUAAAAACAAAGCCAUAUAAUUUAUGCACUGAUGUAUACAUCAUAAAUUUAUAAGUGAAAAAUAUGAAAAGUAAUAUGACUAGCUAUAAUGCUAGAAGCAAAUGAUGUAUCAAUAAUGGACCUAUCACACAUGAGCGAACAAUAAUACUUACUUUUAGAAGGUAUACAAGAAGUCAAUUCAGUUUUUUAAGUAUAUGUGCUGUUGAAUCUAGAUACAUUUCUUAUUUAUAUUUCUAAAAUGCUCCAAUAUUUUUUUUUUUAUUUACAUAUGUAGUUUUGUCAAAAGCUUAGUCAGUUCUCUCGUGUAUGUGCUAUCAGAAGUCUCAAACUAUAUCUGAUGAACUAUUGACUUGUAAAGCUUCAUAUUCAGUAAGAGUCAUGACAUACAUUCUCUAUAGUUAUCUGUUAAAUGCUUAUGUGGACCUAAUGUAUAGAAACAAUGUAACCCUCCCCCCACACACAGUAACGAAAAAAUAAUGCAUUGAAAUUCUGUAAAAAUAAUACUAGGGAGUAUACAUUAUAAAACAGAUCAAAUUUCAAAUAUGUAAUUCUGUUUAAAACAAUUAUUGUGAGUAUGAGCUCUGUAUAUCCGAACUACUGCAAUAUAUAUCACUUAACACUUUAAUAAGCUGACUUUAAUGACGGUCACUUCAUAGGCAGUUUGAAGUUAUACCCUACACAAAGUAGACAUUCCUGGCAAUUCAUAGGGACAUGCUUAUUUUUUUCUGUUCCAUUUACCCUAAUUUGUAUGUUUUCUUUGAAUGAAUGGGAAUACAGUCUCCUAGUAUUAUUUAGCAAGUGUACGUACAUGCUAAUCACAUGCAAUAUGAUGAAAAUUAUUGGGAAGGGAAGAUGAUAACUUGUACAUUGCUUAUUCGUUUUAGCAUAGAUGUAAAUGUAAUAAAAAAAAUCACAAAGACCUACAGUAUCAUACAGUAAUAAGCAUGUGACAACCAAUACCCGUUUAUUUACCUUGAGCAUGUUCACUAAAGAUGGGUGAUCAAAGGAACAAAAAAAAAGUAUGCUCAAUUUGUUUACCAAUAACAUUGAUUGUAUUUUAGCGCACUAAGAUUGUCUUUUAAAUCAGCUGUCUAAAAAAAAUAUAUCAUAAGUAUGAAAAUAAAAGAUAAAUGUUAAAUUG